AUGCAAUUCUUAUCUAUCCUUCUUCUCGCUGGCUCUGCCCUCGCCGCUCCUCGGGCUGCCCAGUCAUCUUCUAUUCAUACUCGAGGUGACAGCAUCGAUGACAUGCUCCCUCCCAUCGUACCCAUCAACACACGCAGUGGAGACCGAGACCUCAUCUCCAAGAUCAUCACUGCCCCAACCCAAGCCGAGCGCGUCAAGCUCCUCAACCAACCUGGCGAUUUCGUCUUUGACUUCAAGGCCGCCACCGGAGCCGGAGAAGCUACUGGCAAAGGCGGCAGGUCCGUGUCAGCUACGGCCCUCACCAUGCCCGCUCUGAUCGGAAACGGCGCCUCCAUGACAGUCGCCUUCCUCGGACCCUGUGGCAUGAACACAGCUCACGUCCACAACCGAGCAACAGAGCUCAACAUCAUCGUUAAAGGCCGUCUCGUCACAAACUUCGUAGUCGAGAACGGUGCCAAGCCUAUCGCCAACACGAUGGAUACAUUCCAGAUGUCCGUGUUUCCCCAGGGCGCUAUUCAUCAAGAAUUCAACCCUGAUUGCGAAGAUGCUGUGUUUGUCGCUGCUUUCGACAACGCUGAUCCUGGUGUGAACCAGGUUGCUCAGAACUUCUUUGCUCUUAACGGGGAUGUUGUGCAGGCUACUCUCGGUGGUGUGCAGACUAUUGAUGGAAAGGAUAUUGAGUCUUUCCGUGCUCAUAUUCCUGCGAACAUUGCUCUUGGUAUUGAUGCUUGCCUCAACAAGUGCGGUAUCAAGAGGAACGCUAAGCGAGAUCUUAGCGAGCUUCUGAACUAG